UUUACCUGCAGCUGCUCCCCGCGCGGUGCGCACACACACUCACACUCACACACACACACACACACACACACACACGAACGGGCGUUUGUCAACAAAGUGGAAGGGACGUGAAUUAAAAGUGUUUAUUCGUGUCGUUGCCCCUGGUCUCCAAAGAAGAAGAAGAAGGGCGAACGAGAGGAGGGAAAAGGGGAAAUGAGCUGGACAAAGUUUGAACUGAGAAAGGGCGUUUAAAGUUGACUUCCCGUCGAGCCGAACUUGUCGCGUUGUUCACGAUGGGGUGUUGCAGCAGCGCAGAGGGUCAACGAGACUGGCGACCGCUGGAGGAGCGCCGCUGCACCGACAUCCCAUGGCUCGUCAUCUUCACGCUGUUCUGCAUCGGCAUGGCCUGUAUCUGUGGCUAUCCCAUCGCCACAGGAGCUGCAUCCAGGCUCUUCUCGGGAUAUGACAGUUAUGGCAACAUCUGCGGUCAGAAUAACACCAAGAUCGAGGGAGUUCCCCUCAGUGGUCGGGACAUGACGGAAAACAAGUAUGUUUUCUUUCUGGAGCCCUGCAACCUUGACCUCAUUAACAGGAAGAUCAAGUCCAUCGCCCUGUGUGUCUCCAAAUGCCCGGCAACUGAACUGAAGACAUAUGAUGAUUUAAAGAAAUUUGCUCUGAAUAACGGCUCCCAUCUGUGUUCCUAUGAUAUUUCUCCGACAAGAUACACAGGCCAUUCAGAAAGAUUCACUAAAUGUCCCAAACUCCCUGUUUCAAAAAGUAAGGCCAUCCCGCUCUUCGACCGCUGUAUUCCCGUGGACAUCGGCUGCUAUGCUGAAUUUGCCCAGGCGUUCAUCACCUUUGUCAGUGACAACACUGUGCUGCGCCGUGUGAUUGCUGGGGUGAUGGCCAGCAAGGAGAUCAUCAUGGGCCUUUGUGUUCUGGCUCUAGUUCUGUCCCUCAUCAUGAUGGUUGUCAUUCGUUACAUCUCCAAAGUGCUGGUGUGGAUUCUAACAGUUCUGGUAAUCAUCGGUUCUAUAGGUGGGACCGGCGUCCUCUGGUGGCUGUACGCUGACCACAGGAACGCCUUCAACAAUAACACAGCGUCAACACUUGGGAGCGAAGUUGCCUCAGACAACGUCACGGCGCUGCUUGUGUACGCAAUCGGUGCUACAAUUUUCACGGUCGUUCUCUUGCUGGUGAUGUUCUUCAUGAGGAAGCGCGUGGCCCUUACCAUCUCCCUGUUCCAUGUGGCGGGUAAAGUGUUCAUCCAUCUUCCCCUGCUGGCCCUGCAGCCAUUCUGGACGUUCCUCUGCCUCAUGCUCUUCUGGGUCUACUGGAUCGCCGUGCUUCUCUCCCUCGGGACUGCAGGGACACCGAUAAAGAACAACUCUACCGGUGCGGUUGAAUACCACAUGCAAGGACCUUUUCAGUACUUGGUGUGGUAUCACGCUGUGGGUCUCAUCUGGAUCAGCGAGUUCAUUCUUGCGUUCCAGCAGAUGACUAUCGCUGGAGCCGUGGUCACCUACUAUUUCACAAGGAACAAGUCCCAGAUUCCAGCAAUACCCAUCCUUUCUUCAAUGGCACGUACCAUCCGCUACCACCUGGGGACUCUGGCCAAAGGCUCCUUCAUCAUCACACUUGUGAAGAUCCCUCGUCUCAUCCUGACAUACAUCCACAGCCAGCUCAAAGGGAAGGAAAACGCCUGUGCUCGGUGCAUGCUGAAAGCUUGUGUCUGCUGUUUGUGGUGUCUUGAGAAGUGCCUAGCAUACUUGAAUCAAAAUGCUUACACUGCAACGGCCAUCAACAGCACCAAUUUCUGCACCUCGGCCCGUGACGCUUUCCUCAUCCUGGUGGAGAAUGCCCUGCGAGUCGCCGCCAUAAACACCGUGGGCGACUUUGUCCUCUUCUUGGGAAAGGUGCUUAUAGUCUCCUGUACAGCUUUCGCUGGCGUCCUGGCUCUGAACUACCAGAGGGACUACACCGUGUGGGUGCUGCCUCUCCUCAUCGUCUGUAUGUUUGCCUUCCUGGUGGCCCACUGCUUCCUCUCUGUGUUUGAGAAUGUGGUCGACGUCCUGUUCCUCUGCUUUGCUGUGGACACAAAAUAUAAUGAUGGCAGCCCCGGAAGGGAGUACUACAUGGACAAGGCCUUAAUGGAAUUUGUUGAGAACAGUAAGAAAAUGGGUUGGUACAAGCCAGAUGAUGGCGAUGGAAAGGAGAUGAAGCCCAUGACACGUCGGGGAAAUUUAGCUUGACCAAGUGUCAGACAGACUGCCAAAACCACUAAAAAUACUUAACUCAGAGUUUUCCAGCAUUUCCCUCCAUUUCAUCAGUAAGUAAUAACACCUUUUGGGGUAUUUUAUGAGAGGUGCUUUGUGUGUUAUUGUUCAUAUUUGAAGAGAGGGGUUGCAAUUUAAAGACACUAACAUUGUAUAGCAGUUGGGUUUGUGUUUUGGUCUAUUAACAAGAUGGAUUUGAUAGUUUUAUCCGUUUCUUACCAGAGUUUUCCCUUUUGUUUGAUUUUUGAAUAUUAAUAUGAACGAUCUAACAUGGUUUAACAUGUUUGGUUUUCUUUUUUUUAUAAAUGAUACCUGUAGUUUGAAUGCUUCAGUGUACAUUUUGAAAUGGAUAGCUUACUAUGUUUUGUCAAAGGCUAUUCAUGUUGUUUAUUACUUAUUACAGUAAAUUUUAUACUGAAAACA